AGAGAGGGAAAAAAUCUAGAGGACUUAACUUUCCGAAAGAUGGAGACUGCUACAGCGUGGGAUGCUGGAUGAUCAAUACCGACCUCUGAGUCGUAUUUUGGACCAAGUUAUACAGUCAAGAAAAAUAGAGACGAGUAUCAUGAAAACAGUAACGCACACUUGCACGCCAGGAACUACGGUUUUAGAUCUACCAGAAUGUGAUUCGAUCGAGGACAUCGCUGAAUCAGUGGACGAACUACGAGCGAAAUUGGCGAACAUGAAGAGAUUGAUGGAAGAGCGGCGGGGUACCACCCUGGGUGAGAUCAGCGCAAGGAAGAGAAAGGAGACCUCGGAUAUUAUAGAUGGCUACUUUUUAUCUUGGAUAUUCGGCUCGGCACUCAUCGUCAUCUUGAGUAUCAGUUUCUACGCCUUUUACAAUCUCUAUCAUGCAGUCCUGAAAAAAUUUCCAUCAUCUCAUACGGAAUUAUAAACAGACGGAUAAGAAUAGAAAAAUUUUUACACUCUGGCGAAUUUGUGCUGACAAACUGUUCAAUUUGGAUAUAUUCUUUUGCGAUCAAUAUAUGAUAAGCAAAAAGAUGUGUCCAAAGAUCUCAAACUUCUUGCCCAAUUCUCAAGAAGUAUGCCGGCUGGUAAUUUCAUUUGAUAUUAAAAAUAUCUGUCUAUCCUUUGGGAUAUAAUAAUGAAAUGUCUGGAAUAAGAGAACAAGAUAGAAAGAAUUUAAGGAACGGACAGAAUGGCAGGAAAGUUCCUUUCAUGUGCACUUAACAAGCUCAACGAAUAUUUUAUAGCGUUCAUUCAAAUCGAAAAAUACUUCCUUCUUUGUUCACUACACAUUUCUCAAGGAACUGUACUCUCAUAAACAAAAAUUCAGUUACUGAAAAAUUAUCACAAUAUGCAUCGGGAAAGAAACAAAUGCCUUAAAACAUCUCUCAGCACUAUUCGUUUUGGAGAAUUUGUAUGAACAUGUAAUUCCAUGGUUAUGAAGAAUAAGGCACUUAAAAUAGAACAAUUUUGAGAUAGAGAAGAAUACUUUAAAAAAGCUACGUGACCUCCUUAUUUUUAUUCUCAUUUCAAUAAAUUGAGUAUAUAAAAUAUUUUUUCUAUCUCCAAACAAAAUGAAGUAAAGAGGUCUGUUUUAAGAAUAUUAUUCUUCUGAAUUCGAUAUAUCGUACUGCAUGUAAAAAUUACUUUUAUGAUUCUUGAUUCUUGCUUUACUUUCUUAUCAUAUAAUACGUUCUAUAUUAUUUAAUGUUUAAACUUUAGUACAGUGUCCUGGUUAUCUUUAAAAAUUAUCUAUUUCAUCGAAAAUAUAUACAAUCAUCGGCAAUCAAUACGUUAAUUGAUAAAAUAGAUGUAAUCUAUUUGCCAUUUUUUGCCUCAAUUCGAAAAGUAUAAUUCAUACGCGUAAUCGAAGUCCAAUUGUCAUUCGAAUUAAAUUUUAAUUUCUCAAUGUUAAUUUGUACCAUGCGAUUGAACGCAAAGGAACUUCCAUACUGAUCAUUUACUCGAAUGUAUAUAUUGUGAUUAUCAAAUAAAAAUUAUGAUUCGAUUGAAAAAAAA